AUGCAACGCAAUAGAGAUCCCGAAUGGGCCACCUCCCUUAAGAACGAGGGCAACAAGCUGUUCACAGCAGGUGACUACGUCGGCGCCGAAGGUCUCUACUCGAAGGCCAUUCUUGCGGACAGCCAGAACCCAGCCAUCUACACCAACCGUGCUCUCGCGAGGCUGAAACUGCAGUUAUGGGAUUCAACCAUUGCCGAUUGCCUGACAUGUCUGCAGCUAAAUAGCGAAUCGAUGAAGGCCCAUUACUAUCUAGCUCAGGCACAGGUCGAACUAGGGAACUAUGACGAAGCCCUGCCCACAGCCUUGAAAGCACACGCCUUGUGUGUUGCAACCAACGAUAAAUCGCUUGGCCAGGUAACUGCGCUUGUUCUGCGAUGCAAGAAAGAGAGAUGGGAACACAUGGAGAAGCGGCGGAAGCGUGAGAACCAGGCCCUGGAGAAGGAAUUGCUACAAAAUUUGGCCAGCGCACAAGAGGAGAUGCUCCAGACAGUAGACUGCGAUGGCGACCGGCAGCAAAUCCGCCAAGAAUUCGACGAGAAGUUUCUCAUGCUAAAGAAGACAUUUGAUCGUGCACGAGACAAUGAGCACAAGAAGAGAGUAGUGCCCGACUGGAUGAUCGAUGAGAUCAGCUUUAACAUCUUUGUUGAUCCGGUGGUUACCAAGACUGGCAAAAGCUACGAACGAUCAUCAAUCCUCGAGCACCUCCGGCGUUCACCCACCGAUCCUCUCACCCGUGAGACUCUACAGCCGUGGGACCUACGCCCUAAUCUUGCGCUCAAGCAGGCGUGCGAAGAAUUCCUGGUCGAGAAUGGCUGGGCUGCUGAUUGGUAG